AUGUAUACGCUGCAGACGCUGAGACUCAGAGGAAACCAGCUGAAGCUCGUGCCCAUGGGAGCCUUCGCACGGCUGGCCAACCUCACCACACUGGACCUGAGUGAGAACAAGAUCGUCAUCCUGCUGGACUACACCUUCCAGGAUCUGCGCAGUCUCAAGAGCUUAGAGGUGGGUGACAAUGAUCUGGUCUACAUCUCUCACAAGGCUUUCUCAGGACUGAUCGGUCUGGAAGACCUGACCAUCGAGAGGUGCAACCUGACGUCCGUAUCCGGCCAAACUCUGUCUUACCUGCGUAACCUCGUCACCCUGCGACUGUGCCACCUCAGCAUCUCGGCCCUCGAGGACCAGAACUUCCUCAAGCUGUCUGCGCUGAGAGGCCUGGAGAUCGACGGCUGGCCGUACCUGGAGUACAUCUCGCUGCUGAGCUUCCAGGGUCUCAAUCUGUCCUGGCUCUUCAUCACCAACACCAACAUCAGCUCGGUGCCAUCGGCCUCCUUCAGGAACCUGGCUUACCUGACGGCCCUGAACCUCUCUUACAACCCCAUCUCCACGCUCGAGUCCUGGGCCUUUCGAGACCUCAUCAGACUGAAGGAGCUGCACAUGAUCAGCACCAACCUGCUCACCGUGGAGCCUCAUGCUCUGGGAGGUUUGCGUCAGAUCCGAGUCCUGAACCUGUCCAACAACGAUCUGGUGACUCUGGAGGAGAGCUCCUUCCACUCGGUCAACAGCCUGGAGACGCUCCGUGUGGACGGGAACCCGCUGUCCUGCGACUGUCGUCUGCUGUGGAUCCUGCAGCGCAGACGCACUCUAAACUUUGACGGGAAGAUGCCGGUGUGCGCCGGACCGCCGGAGGUGCAGGGAUACCUGUUGAGCAUGUUCACCGAUUCGGCGUUAUUCGACUACUUCACCUGCCAGAAGCCCAAGAUCCGCAACCGGAAGCUGCAGCAGGUGACGGCACACGAAGGCCAGCCGGUGUCGUUUCUGUGCUGCGCCGAAGGCGAACCGACUCCGGCCAUCAUCUGGAUUUCCCCGCAGAGACGGAGGAUCACUUCCAAAAGCAACGGCAGGAUUACGGUUCUCCCCGGUGGGACGCUGGAGAUCCGUUACGCGCAGGUGACAGACAGCGGCACGUACAUCUGCAUCGCCAGCAACGCGGGCGGCAACGACACCUACUUCGCCACGCUGACCGUCAAGGGCCAGCCUUCGGAUUCGGCGCUCUUCGCCAACCGCUCGCUGUACACGGUGGACUUCAAUGACACCGGGCUCAACAGCACGCGUGUUUUCCUCAAGUUCACGCUGGAUUUAACCACCAUCCUGGUGUCCACGGCCAUGGGCUGCAUCACUUUCCUGGGCGUGGUGCUCUUCUGCUUCCUGCUGCUGUUUGUGUGGAGCCGCGGACGAGGACAGCGCAAGAACAACUUCACCGUGGAGUAUUCGUUCAGGAAGACCGUGGGACCCGCCACCACCAGCGCGUCCGGAGGCACGCGCAAGUUCAACAUGAGGAUGAUAUGAAACCACGCAGCCAGGGGCCCCCUGGGAGAAGCAUAGACGCCCAACGCUAACACACACAGUGCUGAAUCACAGAAAUACACGUGCCGCAUGAUCGCAGAAACGUGACGACCUCGCAGUGUUAUUUCCGUACUG